AUGCGCGACAUCGCCCCUUUUUUGACGGCUUAUGCCUUCCUACUUUCUAUUCCCGCUAACGUGUGCUUCCCUGCAGCUGCCAGCCGGCUCCAUGUCUCCAGGCCGGAAUGCGGGGCUCACACUGCGGAAUUCCCUUCCUUCGUGAGUCGACACGGCAGGAAACGUGGAUGCACGAGCGCUGUGUCAUCUUGCUUACAGUCGAGGCGUAGCAAGCCCGCGUUGUCCGAGCUGCGGCUGAAUCCACCUACUUGCCGUGUCCGCUGGGAGGCCGCCCCCGCCGCGUCUCAUCAACCUCCUUGUUGGCUGUUUCCGGCUGCUACCGCUCUCCCGUCUCUGUCUUUCGCGGCGCCUCUGUAUACUCCAACGUCCUCCCCGCCUCAACUGACGCCAGGACUCCUGUAUCCGGCAAAUGAUGCCGGCCGAAGUGCCGCCUCCUUACGAGCACUGAACGGGGGGACCGGCGGACACGCGGCAGGACCACAACACAGGGUGCUUCGCUCGUUUCGAGGCCAUCGGACUCUGGCGCCGAGCUUCCCUGCACCGUGGUUGCUGCCGGUGGGCCCCUACAGCCCUCCGGCCGAGACCACGUCUCUCUGGGCUACAAAGAAGGGAGGCGGCAGCACCAAGAACGGGCGCGACAGCCAUCCCAAAUAUCUCGGUGUCAAAAAGUUUGGCGGCGAAUUCGUCCUUGCUGGGCACAUUGUCGUGAGACAACGGGGCACGCGAUACAAAGCGGGAGACGGCGUGCGUCUAUGCCGCGAUGACUCGCUGACAGCGAUUCGCAGCGGGUACGUCGACUUCAUGCCAGUUUACAAGUUUGAGAAUCACUUUAGGAAACGGCGUUGGCUCAAGAGGCAUCGAAGACGCAUUCACGCGGGAUUCUUGGUGUCCGUCUUGGACAGUAAAGAAGAAUCACGUGGCUAUCAAAAGCGCGAACAACUCGUUCUUCUCCGAACUUUGGCCUCUUCCUGGAUUAACGGCGCGGCAUUCAAUCCGUCUGUCCCCUCUCAUCACCACGCGCUAGCUCCCGGAGACAGUGAUGAGGCAACGGUUUCUGACCAAGUUCCUGAGGCAAUGAUGUGCGGCCCCGAACUCGGGCCGGGUGAGGAACGGCACUCAAGUAACGUUUCAAACGAAUCCGUGACUAGUGCUCUGACUACUGGGCUCCGAGAGGGUGUUGCGUGGAUUUGA